GGCGGCCACCACACCACGGCGCGAAGAAAAAGGAUGGCGGCGCUGCGAGUGCCGCUCCAAGCAAUCCUCUCCGGCACGCGCGCGGGCGGUCCGCGGCUCCUCCUGCCGCUCCACGCGCACCUCCUCGUCUCGGGCCGCCUCGCCGCCUCCCCGGCGGCGCUCACGUCCCUCGUCUCGCUCUACGUGCGCGCCCCGCCGGCGCUCCACCGCGCCGUCGUGCCGCUCCUCCUGCGGGCCGCCUCGCCCUCCCCUCCUCCGCUCCCCUGCUUCAACGCCGCGCUCUCCCUGCCCCACCCGCUCGCGCUCCGGGUGUUCGGCCACCUCCGCCUCGCGCACUGCCCCGACGCCUUCUCCUUCCCUCCACUGAUCUCCUCCGCGCCCUCGGCGUCCCAGAUCCUCGCGCUCCACGCGCUCUCGUUCCGAUGUGGCCUCGCGCACGAACUCUUUUGCGCCAGUGCGCUGUUGCGCGCGUGCCUCCGGUUCGGCCUCGCGGACCACGCGCGCCGCCUGUUCGGCGAAUUGCCACACCGGGACGUCGUCGUGUGGAACGCGAUGGUCAAUGGGUUUGCCAACCUCGGAUGCUUCGACCACGCCGUUGAGUGCUUCCGCAUGAUGAGGGAGGAGGGUGAGGUCGAGAUCAGUAGCUUCACUGUCACUGGUAUCCUGUCAGUCUGCACCGCCACAGCGGAUUUGGGACGUGGGGCUGCAUUUCAUGGCCUCGUGGUGAAGUCUGGGUUUGCCCAGGAGGUGUCGGUGUGCAAUGCCUUGGUGGAUCUUUACGGGAAGUGCCACAAGGUGGAUGAUGCAUCAAGGGUGUUUGAGGGGAUGGCAGACAUGGACAAGGACCUGUUCAGCUGGAACUCAAUGCUGUCAGCGCUGCACUACUCAGCUGACUAUGCUGGGACGAUUAAGCUAUUUUCGAGGAUGAGAUGUGUUGCGGUGUGGCCAAAUGCAGUGACCGUUGCGGCUGUUCUUCCUGCAUGUGCUCAGACUGCAGCAUUGCAGGUGGGAAGGGAGGUGCAUGGGUACAUUGUGACCAGUGGACUGGAUUGCUGCGGUUUAUUGGACGUGUUUGCCUGUAAUGCACUGGUGGACAUGUAUGCUAAGAGUGGAGCUUUGGAUGAGGCUCGUCGUGUAUUUGAUCAGAUGCAACAGCGGGAUGUGGCAUCAUGGAAUAUUAUGAUUGAUGGAUAUGCAUCGCAUGGGCAUGGGAAGGAGGCAUUAGAGUUGUUCCGCCAGAUGACAGAGGUGGAACGGCUUCUUCCAGAUGAGAUAACGCUGCUGGGGGCAUUGUCAGCUUGCAGCCACUCUGGGCUUGUCGAGGAAGGGAAGGAUUUUCUAAAGAGAAUGAAAGAUGAAUUUUGUUUGGAGCCGCAGCUAGAGCACUAUGCAUGUGUGACUGACAUGCUUGGGCGUGCAGGAAGGCUGGAUGAAGCUAGAAAGGUAGUAGAGGAUGCAGGGGCUGUGGGGGUUGGUGCAUGGAGGACAUACCUUGCAGCAUGCCGGAUGCAUGGUGAUAAAGAGAGAGCCCAAGAGGCAGCUAGGAUGCUGAUGUUGACAGAGGAGUCUGAGAGCGGUGGGUGGGUGCUGCUAGCGAAUACAUAUGGUUGGGAGGGAAACUUUGAGGAACUGGAGGAGGUGAGGGAGGAGAUGAAACGACGAGGAGUACAGAAGGCUGCACCAGGCUGCAGCUGGGUUGAGGUGGGGGGAGAUAAUAGUGGGAGUGGAGCAGUGAUGCAUGCUUUUGUCAGCGGAGAUAGGAGACAUCCUGAGGCUGACAUGAUCUAUGAAAUGUUACACUCGUUGAUAAGUUGGAUGAGGGAUUGCAGCCACCUGAGUAGCACAACCCCAUUAUAUUCCGUAGAACUCCCAUGACUAUUUAUAUUUGUUACAUA